UCUAUCUAGUGUCUGAGGUGAUCCAGUCCUCUUGGCUCCAUUCCCUGAUAUUAAACUAAAAACUUCUCACGAGCAAAGGCUGUGUCUUCACUAGGUUACCCAACAUUGCUCCCCCUCUCUCAUCCCCCCACUCCCGACUCCGGCCAAUCCAGCCCACAAGACACUUAAAAGUUUGGUGAACUAGAAUAAAAAAGAUGAGAGGCUUGGCCAAGGGGAAGCUAUCGGAGACUUUCGUGAGUGCGGUUUCUGCUGGAAAGUGGAAAAGUGGCCAGAGAUACAGGACAGAGGAAAUGAAAACCUCCCCAUUACGCCUAAUCAGAAAGCAAGUUGUAGAGACUGAAGUAGGCGUGAAAGAGAAGAGUACAGUGAGAAGGUCCUCCAGGAAGGCUAGAGGAGCCAGGUCGGGAAAAGCCACUUCCGGGGCGGGGCGUUUUCUUUUCUCCGGGCCGGAAAUGUGGGUUAUAAACACUGCCAUAGUCGUCUCUCGUGUCAGUUCAGCCGUUGCUCCCUCCUGCCGUAGCUCUGCCGUUAUCAGCAGGAACGUCAUGGCGAAGAGCAAGUUCGAGUAUGUGCGGGACUUCGAGGCGGAUGACACAUGCCUAGCCCAUUGCUGGGUGGUCGUGCGGCUGGACGGAAGGAACUUUCAUCGUUUUGCAGAAAAACACAACUUUACAAAACCCAAUGAUAGCCGAGCCCUGGACUUGAUGACUCGAUGUGCCCAGACUGUAAUGACAGAGCUGGAAGAUAUUGUCAUGGCAUAUGGACAAAGUGAUGAAUAUAGCUUUGUAUUCAAAAGGAAAAGCAAUUGGUUUAGAAGAAGAGCCAGUAAAUUUAUGACAAAUGCGGCCUCUCAGUUUGCCUCCAGCUAUGUUUUUUAUUGGAAGGAUUACUUUAAGGACCAGGACCUUCUAUAUCCUCCAGCCUUUGAUGGAAGAGUCGUAGUAUAUCCUAGCAACCAGACCAUAAAGGACUAUCUCAGUUGGCGACAAGCAGAUUGUCAUGUUAAUAAUCUUUAUAACACAGUUUUCUGGAUGCUGAUACAACGAUCUAAAUUAACACCCGCACAAGCCCAAGAAAGAUUACGAGGAACACUUGCUGCAGAUAAGAAUGAAAUUUUGUUUUCUGAAUAUAACAUCAACUACAAUAAUGAGCCACCAAUGUUCAGGAAAGGAACUGUACUGAUAUGGAAAAAGAUUAAAGAAAUAAAAUCCAAGGAAAUCAAGCCUCCAGGAGAAACAGAGGGAAAACAAGUUGAAGUUACACGGAUAAGGACUAAACCAGUUGCUUUACAUUGUGAUAUCAUUGGUGAUACUUUCUGGAAGGAGCAUCCUGAGAUCCUUGAAGAUGACAGCUGACUUGUUUGUCUUUCCUUUUUGGUGGUUUUCCAUGCAGACAUAGGAUUCUUGCUAGGUGUCCUCCCUCUGAAAUUCGUCAGAGUUCUGUGAAAUACACAUGUUAUGUAAACAGCAGCAAGAAAUACAUGUAUUAAGGAGAGGGAAGGAGUGAGGAAGAAAUAACACAUCUUACUCUUCUGAAAGCAGGACACUUUUUGUGUACCAUAGAAACAUGGUUCCAUCUGCAAAAACAGAAAUAAAAUUGUGUUACUAUUUUUGCAAAGCAAUUAAGCUAUAUCUUGCAUAAUUAAUCUUUUUAGACUGUGGUAUAAAUCAUUUUUAAAACCGCCACCUACGCCUAACUAGCUUGGAGGUAGGAUACAGUGACCUUGAAAUUCUUACCUUUCUAAAUGAUCUGUAAGCAGUUCUUCUUUGGCAGACCUGGAAAUAAACAUGGAUUUCAUGUUUAUGAA